AUGAAGACUAACAAGGAAACAAUAAAGAAAAAGCUGGUCAAGGAGUUGGCCAUAAAGAUGAAAAACAAGCAGAACACUCAACAGUCCCCAACUGAAAGUGCUUCACUCACUUCAAAGCUGCAAACCCCGACUCAAACCAAGUCCGCGGAACCAUCUCUUUCACCUGGAAGAGAUACUGGAAAAUCUGGAGUGGGGCGAAAGAAUGUAAAGCGGAAACUUGACACAAGCAGCACAGGCCCAUGUCUGAAUGUUCAACUUAGGGAUCCACACGACACUCUCGCAAAUUUUCAAGAUGAAGAAGAAGAGGAAGAGGAGGAGGAAGCUGUGGAAGAGGAUAACUCUGAUCAUGUGGAGCCUGAUGUGGAAGAAGAGAAUGAUAAUGAUUCUGCUGAUCCGAAAAGAACAAUUUCCUUCAACGCUAAUGAACAACCGAUUGGUGAUCCAUCUGUGCAACUUGCCAGUGUGCUAGGGGUGCUUGUUCGGAAACUUCCAUUAACGUACAAGGAUUGGAGACUUUUCCCUUAUGAAGCCAAAGAAAACAUAUGGAAGAUAGUCUCGAACCGAUUCAUUGUGCCUGAGUAUUACAAAGACUAUUAUUUCAGCAAGAUGGGAACUUAUCUUAGAGAAGCAAGGUCAAGGAAAGCUGGUUUGGUACUCGACGCUUUGGAUCGGCUACAAGGGGAAGUGUUGUAG